UUCAAAACAUGAAAUCUCAUCGCAGCUCGUUGUAAGUCGCGUACAUCAAACUAUUUUGUAAUUAUAGGAAAUUUGGGCACUACGUUAUUGACUUCUUAUUACGUUUAGUUGAUUUUUCUAUUACAUAGUUCAUUUUUAUGAUACGGAAAAGGCACCCCCUUGGCCAAUUUUCUGGCUCCGCCACUGAUUGCAGCCUAUAGUUACUUUGCCUACCACUGAAGCAACAUGACAUUGAUAGAAGUUGACAAGGAGGGAUAUGGUUGAAAGAUCUGAUUAGUGAUUUAGGUUGACAUCAUGAUCAAAUUAUGGUUUAUUGUGACAACUUGAGUUCUCUAUAGGAUUGGUUAAGAAUCAAGUCUGUCAUGGGAUAACUAGGCAAAUAGACGUGAAGUAUCAUUUAUUGAGAACGAAGAAGAUGAUGAAAGUAAACAUAGUGGACAAUUAAUCAUGCUGAUCUAUUCACAAAGGUGAAUCCACAUGACAAGUUCUAAAACUAACUGGAGGACUUGCUGCAUGUUCUCAGUUGUUAAUGCCCAGAAAGGCAUUCUGAGGCAUGAGAGAGAGUAUGAGUACAUAUGGUAUUUAAGGAAGAAUUCAAGUCAAGUUGAAUAUUUGUUGCUAUGACUUGUAGUGCAUUAUCUGUCAUCUCGAAAAAGUGUGAUGUUUACAUUCUCAUUCUUAGUGUAAUUUGUAUAUACUAAAGUAUCGUGAAACAGAUCUCUACUACCCCUAAUUUACCAACAAACAUUGUGAUAUUGAAACUCGCAAAUGUAUGCAUUAUCUAUUUUCUUGCAUUGUUAAUUUUAUGAUUAGUCAAAACAUGAGUGUAUCCUUUUUUAAUGAUGAAUAUAGUAUUGAGUAUUGACAUGUUAAUGAAUACUAUAAUAUCUGUAACUGAACAUCUCACAUAACUAUUGGGUUUAACCGAUUAGGGAUGAGCAUUCGGUCGGUUCGGUUUCGACCGAACUGAAAUUAUGAAUACCCGGUUCCCGAACUCUCUCAAACCUCAAACCGAAUUUGUGAGGCUACUUGUAUCUUCUCACUUUUAAAUUAUUUUUCACCCCUAAUAUAAACAAUAAAUAUGCAAUUAUAUGCAUCAUCAAUGAUAAAAUCAAAUUUUUCAACGCAUAAGUCAUAAAAUAUUUCAAAUAUUUAAGUCUAAAAACAACUACAAACAUAAAAGUCCACCGUUUGGAGGUUGCAAUUAUAGUAUUUCGAUUUUUCGGUCGGAAUUUUAGAAUUUUCGGUUCGGUUGAAGAACCCUAAUUUCCUAAAUAUCCAUAUUUACAUCCCGAAUUCCAAUCCGAAUAGCAUUAAUUCGAUUUCAGUUCAUUUUAAUUUGAUUUCUGUUCGGGUUUACCGAACCGUUUGCCCACCCCUUAAACCGAUUCUCUACAUUUACAUUUUAAAGAGUUAUUGGGUUAGUCCACUUGAGAGUAGGGAUCGCAACCAAACCCGAACCCACGGGUACCCACCCGACCCAACCCGGUCAACGCGGGUAAAAUCCGUGUUAACUGGUUUUGGAUCGGGUUUGGGUUUAAACCCGUUCACUAUUCACCGGGUUGGGUUGGGUUUGGGUUUAGGUAAACCCGACCCGUGGGUACCCGCACACACAUAUAAUUAAUUUUCUCGGUAUAUUUAAUAUUUUAAACAACUAAUCUUAUUUAUGUUUGUGGAGACAUGUCUAAUUUUUUCUUUCUAAUUGUGUAGAAUGAAGUUUGUGUUAUCGAGUGGAGAAUGAAGAAACUUAAUUGAAAGGAAGAAGCCUUCAAUUAAUAUGUUAUUUAUGGAUAAUUUAUGAUUUACUUCAAUUUUCUUGAGUUUUCUAGAUUGGUGUUGAACAAUUUGUAUUGUUAAUUUGUGAUUUGCUUUAAUUUUCUAGAAUGAUGUUUUAAAUAUGGAUAAUUUGUAUUGAGAGAUUGAUAUUUGACUUUAAUUUUGAUAGGAACAUGUUAUUGUAAAUUUUUUACGACAAAAACCUGUGGGUACCCAUGAACCCGCGGAUACCCAGCGGGUUGGGUUUGGGUUUUUCAAACCCAGUGGGUUUUACCCCGGGUUUUUUUCACGGAUAAACCCAUGGGUUUGGGUUUGGGUUUUUCAAACCCAGUGGGUUUUACCCCGGGUUUUUUUCACGGAUAAACCCAUGGGUUUGGGUUUGGGUUUGGCAAAACCCGACCCAACCCUACCCAUUGCCAUCCCUACUUGAGAGGUAGAGCGCGAGUUGUGCGAGCACCCGGUGAUACUGCUAUGUGGGCCUAGGUCAACCAUCUUCAUCCAGUUUGUUUCAACCGGAGUACCGAAACACCUUUAGCCCACAUUUAGCCCAACUACCUGUCCGCUAAUUUUUUUUGUUCUGGGCUUUUAUUUUGGCCCGUUGAAGGAGCACGUGAUCCCGGGUCCCCACACCUAGUGGACGAAGAAGAGGGCGGGUGGGACCAGCUCCUUGCCGUCUCGUGUCCCACAACAGACAGAAGCCAGAAAUUUAAUUCGCUUCAUCUCCCCAAUGCCACGUGCUGCCUCUACGCUUCUCAUUUCAAUCUCAUCUCUUCCAGCCCCACCAUUUCUGUUUGAAUUAAAAAUUUAGGCGCCCCUUUGAUGCUCUCCUCUGUUUCAAAUUUCUUUUUUUAAAAUCACUUUUCUUGUCUUUGAUGGGAGUUUAUCCACCGUCCACCGACGUAGAAUCCACUCUUUUGUCACUCUUUUGUCCUUAGCUUUUCUCUCCCCCUCCUCCCUGUUCUUGGCCCCUUGAGCUUCUCCAUCCCUGCACUCCUCCUCACAACAAUCUUGUUCCCAAACCCAAAAUAGGAAAAACAAAAUGGGUUGCGUCUCUUCGAAUCUGCUCAGCAAUGAAGAAAGCUUCACGCAACUGGGUGGGUCAGCCCUGGGCAUGGGUCAUCACAUCGUCUCCCUCACCUCCACCACCUAUGGCCUCCUCAACCUCGACCCACCCACCACCACCACCACUGCUCCCACUCCGCCGCCGCGCUUCACCUUGGGCUCCGUCUUCCCACCUUCUCUCUCCGACUCGUCCACCGCCAACUCCGAUCGGACUUCCCUUUGGUCCCAACCCAGUCCAUUCCGCUCCGACCCGCCACAAGAAGUCAUCAAUUCGUGGGAGCUAAUGUCCGGCCUCGACCCAAUCGACAGCUUCCGCUUCUCUCCCCUUCCCCAAUCUCGAAAGGACCACCCAAUUGAAGAAAUCACCCCUUUCUCCGUCCACAGAGAAAACGCCAACCCUAAUUUCCCUAAUCCGCCACCGCCGCAACAGAAACCGCAAAAGGAACCCCCGAUUUUAGGUUUGCUGGAGGGAUUCGAGCCGCUCUGCCCUCCCAACGGGGAAAACAGAGUGGUAAUCUACACUACCAGCCUGAGAGGGAUCCGCAAGACGUUCGAGGCAUGCAGCGCCGUCCGGGCAGCAAUUGAAUCCUUUGGGAUCCAAAUCUGCGAGAGGGAUAUAUCCAUGGAUCGGGGAUUCAAGGAGGAGCUCAAGGACCUGAUGGCUAGAUCUGGUAAUGGAUGCAGAAAAGGCGAAGUUGAUUCUUCCGCUGCCGCGACGGUGCUGCCGAGGGUGUUCGUGAGAGGAAGGUACUUGGGUGGGAUGGAGGAGGUGAUGAGGAUUGUGGAGGAAGGGCGGAUGGCGGAGUUGCUUCAAGGUCUUCCGAGAAGCAAAGCCGGUGGCGUUAGCUGUGAAGGUUGUGGGAAUGUGAGGUUCUUGCCUUGUUUUUCCUGCAACGGCAGCUGUAAGGUGGUGACGGUGGUGAAGGAGAAGGAGACUGGUGGUGAUGGGGAAGUUGCUGCUGCUAGGUCCGUUGUGGUAAGGUGUCCUGAUUGUAAUGAGAACGGAUUGGUGCUAUGUCCCAUUUGCAGCUGAUUGCUUUGUUCUUGUAGUAAUAUUUAGUCCUAGACAUAUAAACUGAUGAUGAUGAAAUGAAAAGAGUAAGUUGUCUCAACUUUCUUCCUUACUGUCCUGCUUUACUGUCUGUUAUAUGAAUAUGAGGUAGCCAAUGUUUAGUCUUCAAAUCAGGAUUUGAAUGCUAGCAAACCCACCAUUUGAUUGAGCUGCCUCUGCUUGAGUGUUGUCUGAACUAAGGGUGAGUGUCAGUGACAGAGCUCACAAGACAUUGUUGAUUGUUAUCAGUACUUGUGACUGCAAAGAUUUGUGCUCCUUUCUAUACUUUUCAUUUGUAAAUUUGAUUGAUUGGCGCGCUCUUUAUCCUUAAAUGCAUCAGCAGCGCUGCUGUCAGCAAUCAAAGUUGCUGCCUGGCCAAUUCUGUUAUAUACACUACCUGAAUUACCAAAGUUCAAAGCAUCUGAUUUUAAGUGUUGGCAUGAAAGUUGAAACAGUGUUCGCUGCAUUGGAUACCAAACAGUUUCCCCAGUCAUAUUGAUUUUAGAAGAGCUACGGGUCUAGGCAUCUACAUAUAGGAUUAGGGAUUUGAUAGAGAAUUGAGAAUUGAGAAUAAAAUUAGGAUUAGGGAUUUGAUAGAGAAUUGGAAAUUGAGAAUAAAAUUAGAGAUUAGGAGAAGAAUAUUAAGAGAAGAGAGUCUAGGAUUUUAAGAGAUACUUUCUCGCUAAUUUUAUUGAUUGAUUGAUAAUCUAGCGUAAAUUCCAAAUUAAACAUUUAUAGAAAAACACCAAAAACCUAAUAAACUAAGCCUACCUUAUUAGUCCAUACUUAGUCGUCUAACCCUAACAAUAUUUAUAAUAAUAGUUAUGAUUUAUA